CACUUCGCUGGGCUCUAAGCACUGUUGGAGUGGUGUCGUUGCAGAGAGAAGGUAAUGGCGAUGGAAGUUGCGGUCUCCACCAAUUUCGGCGGAUGCCCCCGGCGUUAUUCCGUCGUCAACCACCGCCAACGACCCGCGAGUACGGCCAAGGGUUUCGGACAAAACUCCAUCGUUCCGGCGACGAGGAUAAGGAGGUCUUGUCGUGUUCUCGCUGCAAAUAAUCCCAAAAGUGACGACAAAGGUUCGAGCUUUGGGGAAUCUUACGCCUCCCAGUCUAAAGCCCUCAAAGAAUUUUCAUGGCCAUUUGGUGAUUCCAAAUGCAGCCCUUUCCCCCUAACUCUGCGACUUGAUGACCCUUGCAUGCAGCAGGAGGAUUUGAACUAUCUCUGGAAAUUAGGAGCCGGUUCUAUUGCUGGUGCUGCUUUAAUAAAGUACGGGAGCAUCCUUUUCCCCGAGAUCACGAGACCCAACAUCAUUGAAGCUCUAGGCAUGAUAUCAACUCCAGUCGUUGUAGCGGUGUUACUCUUGAUCAAGCAAAGUCGGGCCGAGCAAUGAACCUUAAAAAGUAUGUGCGCUCUGGUUGCGUUUACUUGCCUUGUGUACAUUGAAAUUGAGUCAGGAUUCAGGAGGGCUAUUUUCUAGAUUGCCAAGACGAGCACCGGAUGGUUGUCGGACAUAACAAAAAAACACGAUAGCCAUGUAUAACUUUCCUAUUCAUCUGACGGUUAUACUCUCUCAGUGACACGGGAAUACAAGCGAUUCGUAAUCUAAGUAUAUAUCUUUCAUAAUCCCUCCAAUAUUGUAGGAACAGACACAGAAUUUGAUCUGCUAAGUCAAGUCAAAUUAUAUCUGUUGAACGGGAAUGCUCUAUUCCUUCGUUUUCUUCUUCUGGUUUCCUGAACCGUGAGAUUUGUCGUUAAUUGUUCCAAGGAAUCUCUUGAAAUCAUAAAACAAAAACCCUCGAAUAUUUUCGGCUCA